CAAGUGUCCACGUGCCUUUUGGUGAAGCAGUUGCCGUUUUCCGUCACGAAGGAUAGACUUAAAAAAACUUUCAUGAAAUCCGUCAGUGCUCGAAUAGUUUUAAAUCCUGAAACAAAAAUAUCUCGAGGGUUUGGUUUUGUUGAAUUUGAAAACGAGAAAGAUGCAACAGAUGCCAUGAAUGCAAUGCAAGGCAGAGAUCUGGACGGAAGGAAGAUGGUCAUUUCUGCUGCUUUGAAAAAG